GUAGCUGACUCCUUUCUUAGGAGAGAAGCCUUAAACCUCAGAUAUAUAUACACACGCAUUUCUUUCUUUCUUCUUUCUCAUAUUUAGGUUCUGACUUUGUCUUAUGAUUAUUACCUGUAAAAUUCUCGAAACAUCAAAUUAAUGGCGGAAACACUUACAGAAGAUCAGAUUGCAGAGUUCCACGAGGCAUUUUCCAUGAUCGACAAGGACUCAGAUGGGUUCAUUACAAUGGAAGAACUAGCGGCAAUUAUUCAAUCACUGGACGGGCAUCCUACAAAAGAAGAAGUUCGAGAAAUGAUAAGUGAAGUAGAUUUUGAUGGAAAUGGGACAAUAGAUUUUCAAGAGUUCUCGAACAUUAUGGGUCGUAAAAUGAAGGAAAAUGUUGCUGAAGAGCUAAAAGAAGCUUUCAAAGUCUUUGAUAGAAACCAGGAUGGAUAUAUAUCAGCCAAUGAGCUGAGGCAAGUGAUGAUUAAUUUGGGAGAGAGAUUGACAGAGGAGGAGGCUCAACAGAUGAUAAGAGAGGCAGAUUUGGAUGGUGAUGGCCUUGUCAGUUAUGAGGAAUUUGCAAGGAUGAUGAUGGCUUUCUAGCUAAUCAGAUAGUUGUAUUCAAAAACUACAUAUACAACAACAUUUCAUCACAUGUACAUCUAUAUUUGACUUUGUUAGAAUACCAAACUAACUUUUUUUUUUUCUUUU